CCGACUGUCAUCUUGGCCUAGUAACUCUGGCAACAUGACCCCAAACCUCGACCCUGCAUCCUACAAGACCCAUAAGACCUCACGAGGCUACACUUAUUCAUACUACCACUCUGCGCCCACCGACUCCAAACCAACGCUCGUCUUCCUGCACGGCUUCCCAUCGACAUCGAACGACUGGCGCCACCAAGUUGCGUACUUCAAAGCGAAGGGCUAUGGACUGAUUGUUCCCGAUAUGCUGGGGUAUGGAGGAACGGACAAGCCGCUCGAAGUGAAGGCGUACGUCGGAAGUGGCUUGGCGAAAGAUAUUGUAGAUUUGAUGGAUGGUGAGGGGGUACAGAGCGCAGUCUGCGUGGCACACGACUGGGGUUGUCGAGUCGCCUCUCGCCUCGCAAACUUCUACCCGGACCGUUUCACUUCCUUUGCGUUCUUCGCAGUAGGCUACAGUCCGCCUAACGUGGUAGCGAACUGGACGCAAACGAACCAGAUGAUCAAAGGAUUGGUGAAGCGUGACAUUACGGGUUAUCAGACUUGGUUCUCUGAGGAUGAUACAGCCAAGGUUCUCGAGGACAAGUUCGACUCGUUCUUCAGCCUUCUCUUUCCCUCCGACUCGAAAGUAUGGGCAGAACACCUCGGGCCUGCGGGAGCAGCGAAAGCUUGGAUCGAGAGCGGGAAACAAACACCGCUUCCGUCAUAUAUCACGGAGGAGGACAAGGAAUACAUCAAGAAGGCAUUCGUCAACGGGGGGUUCGAAGCGCCGACGUACUGGUACAAGGUAAUGACGAGUGACGCCGUGGUCGAGGACGAUAAACAAAUCCCCAGAGAAGCCUAUGUCAUUAACCAGCCCGUCUUUUAUGGUGCUGCGGUCCAGGACCACCUUUGCCUUCCCGCUCUUUUCGAUCGCGGAUUCCAACAGUUCGCGAAGGGACCGAUGACAAGGGUUGAGUUUGCGGCCGACCAUUGGGUGAUCUUGAGCCAUGCGAAGGAGGUGAAUGAGAAGUUGGAGGCGUGGGUGGAAGGAUUGUAACUCCGGGGGUCUGCGGUGACUGGUAUGAGCGAAGUCGCAGGAUAUUUGUAAUGAAUAUAGCAAGUAGUUGAAUACGAACACG